UCCUAAUAAAUUGAAUUAAAAAUAAAUCCGAUAAAGCGUAAUCAGAAAAUAGUUUCACAAGAAAAGGAGUAUUACGUAUAAUCGUACUUCACUAUCGUGUUGUCACACCCAAUUACGACAUUUCCUUUUUAGUCGGAGUUAUAAGUACAAUCUUCAAUUCUCUUCAUCCCAAAUAGAAUAUGGUACGGAGUAAUAUUUACUCCCUCCGUUCCACAAAACAUUUCCUGUUUCGUUUUUUUGUUUUCCACAAAACACUUCCAUUCUACACUUUUUUCCCAAAAUACCCCCAGCCCUAAAAGACUACCCAUCCCACCCAUACCCAGCCCUUUACUGACACACGUCGUCUCUCUCUCUUCCCUGAACCCUAUCCUCACCUACGCCAUCUAUGCCGAUCAAAUUUUCCAUGGCCUCAUCCCCUCCUUCUCCAGAUCUGGACUGGGAUAUGCCUUCCUUUCGCCUUCUAAGUGAAAGCGAUGAAGAGGUGCGUCAUCCUAAGUGCAAGAGGGAGGUAUGUUUUCUAGACUACAACCUUGAUGCAUCUGAUUCUUCAGACACCGAUCCGUCCUGGAACUACCGGAAGAAAUACCUUGGGGGUGACCAUCUUCCGGACGGCGUUGAGUGGAAUUCAGAUUUGGAAGAAGAGGAAUCAGGGGAUUCAAAGGCAACCCAACCAUGGUAUGAGUCCCUAGACAUGACUGGCCCUUUAUAUGCGUAUGAUUGAACUUCAAACUGAAUUUCUGAGGCAACCCAACCAUGGUACGAGUCCCUAGACAUGACUGGCCCUUUAUAUGCCUAUGAUUGAACUUCAAACUAAAUUUCUGAGGACUGUUAAAAGUUGCCGCAAAGGGUACCUCGACCAGUGGUGGCAAGACAGCAUCUUCAAAAUCAGUUUGCGUGUGUGUGGAAAAGGAGGAGGCAGGCAUAAAUGCCAAAGGAAGAAAGUGAACUUAAUGCUAACUUAUUAUGGAGGAAGAGUGAGAAGGUUUAAUCCAAGGAAGAUGGUGUUGUUGCUGUAUUUAUUGAACUAAAUUUAGAAGUUCUUUGGAGGAAAUUUUAAAAAUUUCCCAAAAAAACAAGUCUGUAACCUCCCCCUCCCAAAAGGAUGCCAGCCGUGCAGUGGGAUGUAUGUGAGCAUUAAAUGCUUUAACUAUUU